AUGGCCAUCUUCCACUUCUCCAAGAUUUUAAAAAAUGAUAUAAUUUUUUUUUCAGGAACCCAUUCCCUUCAGUAUCUCUACACGGCCUCAUCAGGAAUCCCAGACCUGCCAGAGUACAUCAGUGUGGGGGAAGUGGAUGGACUGGUGAUCAGCUACUAUGACAGCUCAAUUGGAAAAGAGGUUCCUAAGCAGGACUGGAUGGCAGAGAACCUGGAUGAACAGUAUUGGACUAAUGAGACAAAAUUAGGGCUCUUCAAUCAGGAGAUCUUCAAAGAGAACAUAAACAUCUUAAAACAGCGCUUUGAUCAAACUGAAGGAGCAGCUGUGUUUCAGAAGACGUAUGGCUGCCAGUGGGAUGAUGAGACCAAUGUCACUGACGCCUUUGAAGCAUUUGGAUACAAUGGAGAAGACUUCAUGUCACUGGACCCAAAGACUAUGACAUGGACAUCACCAAUCCCACAGGCAGCCAAUACUGUAUACAAGUGGAAUCGUAUGGAGAGUUACAUGCCACACAGGAAGGCCUACUUUCAAAAGGACUGUGUUGAUUGGUUGAAGAAGUAUGUCAACUUUACAGGCAACCAUAUGGGUAAAGAAACAGAACAGCAGGAUAUUCGUCCACAGGUGUCUCUGAUCUCUCAUCAGAGAGCUCCAAAGCAUUUUGAUGUAGUGUGCCUUGCCACAGGCUUCUACCCAAAGGAAGUCAACAUCACCUGGAAGAAAGAUGGAGAGGAGAUGAUGCAGGGUGAUGUGAAUAUAAGUGCAACACUACCCAAUGGGGAUGGAACCUUCCAGAAGCGAUGUGUGCUCACCAUCUCACCUGAGGAGAGGAAGACACAUCAGUACAGCUGUGAGGUGCAACACAACAAUGGAGAACCGAUUGUUGUGUUUUACAAGGAUGGUGAGAGGGGUGAUUUUUCGGGGGAAUAA